CUCACGCUGCACGACACGAAGCGCCGCCAUCUUGGCUGUUCUACCUCCAGGAGGAGAGGAGGGCUGAGACCCGCAGCAGCGCCCGCACGGCGCCGCAGAAACGCAGAAGGACACACGAUCCCGCACGGCCCAGCGCCUCCCUCUCCCCUUCUGAGACGGCGGCGCUGAGACGAUGUUUUAUGCCCAUUUCGUUCUCAGCAAACGUGGGCCGCUGGCCAAGAUCUGGCUGGCGGCCCACUGGGACAAGAAGCUGACCAAGGCUCAUGUGUUUGAGUGCAACCUGGAGAGCAGCGUGGAGAGCAUCAUCUCGCCAAAAGUGAAAAUGGCUUUACGGACGUCAGGACACCUGCUGCUGGGUGUGGUGAGGAUCUACCACAGAAAGGCAAAGUACCUGCUGGCUGACUGUAACGAGGCCUUCAUCAAGAUCAAGAUGGCGUUCAGACCAGGAGUCGUGGAUCUUCCAGAGGAGAACAGGGAAGCAGCUUACAACGCGAUCACGCUACCGGAGGAGUUUCACGACUUCGACCAGCCGCUACCGGACCUAGAUGACAUCGAUGUGGCUCAGCAGUUCAACCUGAACCAGAGCAGAGUGGAAGAAAUCACCAUGAGAGAGGAGGUGGGCAACAUCACGCUGCUGCAAGACAACGAUUUUGCUGACUUUGGCAUGGAUGAUCGUGAGAUGAUGCGAGAGGAGAGCGCGUUUGAGGUGGACAUCAUGGGUUCGUCGGCCUCCAACCUGCUGCUGGAGGCAGAGGGCGGAGCUAAUCAGAUGGCGGACAAGUCCAAUCACCUGGAGUACGACGAGCAGUACAAGGACGACUUCGGAGACAAUCCCAUGGAGAGCAACGAAGGCGGGAUGCUCGUUGACAAGUUGCUUAGCAACGAGGAUGGAGGUGGCAUAUUUGACGACCCUCCUGCCAUCAGUGAGGGCGUGAUGAUGCCUCAGGACCACGGGGAGGAUGAGGAUGACUUUGAUGCCCUCUCAGCGGGAGCCCCGGACAGUCCGGACUCCGGCCCAACAGAACCGGCCCCCGCCAUGAUGGACCAGCAGGAACAAACGGCUCUGACUCACAACGAGGAGGAAACCUUCGCCCUGGAGCCCAUCGACAUCACAGUGAAGGAGACCAAAGCGAAGCGAAAAAGGAAGCUGAUCGUGGACAGCGUGAAGGAGCUGGACAGUAAAACUAUCCGAGCGCAGCUUUCCGACUACUCCGACAUCGUCACAACCCUGGAUUUGGCUCCUCCCACCAAAAAGCUGAUGAUGUGGAAGGAGACCGGAGGAGUGGAGAAGCUCUUCUCCCUCCCGGCUCAGCCGCUCUGGAACGCCCGGCUGCUGAAGAUGUUUACAAGAUGUCUGACGCCGCUGGUCCCGGAUGAGCUGAGGAAGAGGAGGAAAGGCGGGGAGGCGGACAGUCUGGAUGAGUUUCUGAAGGACCUGGAGAACCCGGAGGUACCGAGGGAGGAAGCAGCGGCUCAUCAGCAGAGAGACAUCAUGGACCAGACCAUCAUGGAGGAGGCCAACGCGUUGCAGACCUCGGCGGUGGAGGGCAGCAGGACGACGCUGGACGAAGCCGCCAUGCCUCCGCCGUCCUCUCAAAGAGGCCUGAAGCGCAAAUCCCAGGACUCAGAUCCAUCCCUCCCUACAGGAAACCUGGACGAGCAGCAGCAGCAGCACCAGCAGCAGCAGGGACCCGACGCUGCUGCCUCUCAGCAACUGGAAGCCGCCCCGGUGAAUUUACCCCCUGAGGACGACGCCGCUAACAUCAGCCAGCUAAUAGAGCUGGACUUACUCGCCGACAAAGAGAAGAAGAAGAACGACGACGACUCUGAUGAAGAGGAGGAGGAGGCGCAGGGAGGAGAGCAGGACCAGGAGGAGAGGAGGUGGAACAAGAGAACUCAGCAGAUGCUUCACGGCCUGCAGAGGGUGAUGGCCAAAACUGGAGCCCAGUCGGUCAGCCUGUUGGACCUGUGUAGGAACAACAACAGGAAGCAGGCGGCGGCCAAGUUCUACAGCUUCCUGGUUCUGAAGAAGCAGCAGGCGGUGGAGCUGGUCCAGGAGGAGCCGUACAGCGACAUUGUUGCAACGCCGGGACCUCGUUUCCACGUCAUCUAGAACGAGGCUUCCAGAGCAGCAACUUAAAAAGAAGAACUCUGCUUCGACGGCCAUGUUUGUUUCCGUUUCACUAAAGUCUUACUGACUUGUUGUUUUAUUUAUGUUUAAUUUCUGCAAGCAGAAGUGGAGAAAACAUAUCCAAAGAGUAUUUGCUUUGAAAAAAUAUAUAAACCAGUAAAGUAUAUUAAAAUGAACUUAUUUUGAACUUAUCAAACUCCACCGUCAGUCUGUGAUCGUCUAGCUGUCAGAAUCUGGUAUUUGUUGUAAUCCUGUGUGCACAGAAUGCAAUGUACACAUAUGUUUUGUAUUUGUCUUCAGAAUACCACAGAAUAGUAACAACACUUUGUUACGGGUAAUGAAAACAUGACUUGACUGUAACGCCUGCAUGCCGUCUCCAGAAAUGAAUUUUGUGCUGCUGCAGGGUUUCAUCCCGUUACCGUCUACAGACGAUAAUUUAGCAGCCUUGCUAAUUCGGUGUUCUGCUGUAUUAUCAGGCAGUGUUGUUUGUACGCAAGAUAGAACUUCUUUUAUACGUGAAAGUAGAUUUAAUACUUACUCUGGAGCAGAUGUCUAGUGGCUUGACCAUGAAGCAGCAGAUCACCAAAUGUCUGCUUCCCAUUCAGUUAAAUCAGCAUAAUCUACUGUUUAUUUUUUUUAGAUGCACUUCCUCCACUCCAGCUGACUACAUCAAUGUCUGAGCACGUUGUGUAUUUUAAAAUGUAAAUCUGUAGUUUCAUUUUGUAAAAAUGCAAAGACAAAUCAAAGUGCUGCAGGUGUCUAGAAGGAGUUUAAGUCAAACUGGUUUAUGAGCUACUGUGAAAAAAAAAAAAGAAAAAGAUUUUUCAAAAUAAAAGCAACAAGAAAGGUGAGAAA